AUGCACGUUCAGCACCCGUUAGAGGCGAUGGGGCUGGCCUUCGCAGCAUCACUGCUGUGGUGCUGCGCUGGUGGGGUUUUCGGGUGGUGGUAUCCUCUCAUGGAUGAAAUCGACGACGCCCUCAGAGCGAAACGUCCGGAGCUCCAGAACUUCUCGGGCUUCUCCGAAGCCGAAGGGAGGAGACAUCUCAAAUUUCGGAUCAAGUUUAUGUUGUGCAUGCCUCUCGAAGGCCUAGCCUUCGUUGUGAUGAUGACAGUGCUUUACGCUUUCGACGGCUUCGGCUGGCAGAUUGUGAUCCUUUGGCUGGUGCCCAUCGUGGCGUGCGCAUGCUGUUGUUACGGGCGCUACUGUGAGAAAGACGAAAAGCGGCGAAUUGAAAAAGAGUGCUGUUUCUUCUUUUGGCCAUGGACGAUGGCGAGACUUUUGGGUGGUGACCGCCUCGUUGCCCAAAUGGUGGCUUCUCCGCUGCCCCGCACGGGGUCUCUGGACAGGGUUAUUCUGGAUACCCGGCAAAAGACAAUCGUCUUUGAAGGCAGGGUGGUUCAUGGAAAGAACACGGUGACAUCAUGGCCAGGCAAGUAUGAAUCAGCCUGGGAUGAUCUUGUUCAGCGUGCCAAGAAGGAUGCCAUAAGCGCAGCUGUGGUAUUUCUGCCGGAAGGAUCUGAGCACUACGGUGCUCAUGACCAGAUCCCUGCCGCGGACGCCCAGGGUUUGCCACCGCACCUCACAGGAGGUUGCUGGUGCACGCCACUCUACGGCGAAAGCAAGCCGUGGGGGUGCCGAUGGUGGACUAAGUGGACCGCAAACGUUGAGUUUGCGGUGCAAAACGCUGCCACCCUCGAAGUGUAUUUCUUUAACAGUAUGGUAGGCAAAGGCAAGGUCCAGAGUUUCACCACGGCAGGAGAAGAACACCUCCGGCGCGAAAGAAUCUUGGAACGAAUGUCCGAGUUUAAGAAAUCAGAAGUUUUUCUAAAAGCCCGCGAAAGUGGCCUUGAGAACCUGUCUCAGCAGACAGGGCCAGAUUCGUCUUCUCCAUACGGCCGCGAGGAACGCCGCCUUUUCCUCGCUUGGCUUCCAGAAGAGGAUCGAACAUUCCUGAAGGAUUCCGAAGGACUCGGGAACUCGCAGAAGGCUGAGGUCACCUGGCUGGAGAGGAAGGGCUAUCACUACCUAGAGAAGGAGGUCAACUCACUGGCCGAUCUGGCCGACUUGUCGCCCGAAGGCGAUAGGUAG